AUAGACAUCCAGGCCAUUGCAAGGUGACGUGACUUUGGAGAUAAACUGAAGUAUCAACACUAUGCGAGGAAGACUUAUUUUAUUCUAUAAUACGCGUCUCGGAUAUAUAUAUAUAUUUUAGAGUUGUGAAGUGGGCAUAUCUUAAAGAUAACAUGUUAUCAGUGUUAAGUGAUAGGUUGACACAACAAAGUGAGCUAACUGGAACUAUUUUCUACAUGUAAAGGGACAUAAGAGAGAGACAGAGACAGAGAGUCCUAUCUAGAACUUUUAUGCAAUAUGUAAGAUCAAAACCAAUAAAUGUGGUGAAAUAUUAACUGUAACGAAAAAAAAAAGGCACAGCUGACGUCUGCUAUUCCCGGGUAGCGAUACGAAUGCAGUAAAUGAUUUUGUUUUCCGUAACCAGCAGCGCACCAUGAGUGUGAAUGACGUCACUGCACUCGAGGAGCAGGUUGCUAGAAGCGGCCAAGAUGACCCAGCACUUGAAAAACGGACCUCUACUGAAGCAGAGAGUGCGGUAGAGAAAGCCGAGUCGCCAGAGGACAGCUCAACUUUGCCUGUGGACAGAGGAUGGGCCUGGGUCAUCGCCUUUAGUGCAUUUCUGAACUUGAUGAUCACGGUUGGUUAUAACCGCUCGCUGUCAGUGCUCUUUGUAGACAUUGGCCAGGCCUUUCAGGAAUCAAACAAAGUUGUUUCCCUUAUGUUUACAUUCCACGCUCUCUCAGGCAGUGUUAUAUCCAUACUAACUGCCAACGUCUUCAUGAAUAAGUUUAGUAUUCGAACGAUCACUGUCGCGUCUGCUGCUCUCAAUGCGCUGACUGAUGUCCUCGUUUCGUUGGCGCCAAAUAUGGUAGUCUUUCUUUUGCUCUUUUUUGUCAAGGGGAUCGCUUUUGGAGGCCUGCUGGUGUGUCCGAUGUCUUUGGUAGGAUUCUACUUUAAACAGAGACGGGCCCUUGCCACAGCAUUAGCCAAUUCUGGAUUUUGUGUUGGAUACAUCGUAUUCCCUCCUAUAGCAGAAUUACUUCGAUUAGAAUUUGGAUUUCGAGGAACGUUGCUGAUUAUGUCUGCUGUGGAGUUUCAUCUUAUAGCAUGCAACAUGUUAUUACGGCCUGUAGAGUCUUACAAAAGACAAAAUGCCUUUGCAAGCACAGAGUAUCAAUAUCAUGAGCCUCGAACACCAAUCUAUAAUGAAGCCACUGAACAAGCUGAAACAUCAGAGCCAUUGUUAACAAAUACAAAUGAGGCUGAGUCUCAAGUUAAAGACAGUAAAUCUAUACGUUUAACCACAAUGGAUGUCACAGUUUCAGAUCAUGGCGACGAAGCCAGUUCUUCUGUUAGCUAUAUCCGUACACCGUAUAGCAAACUUUCACAAAUGGAAACAAUAAAAGAAAAUCCACAUGAAACAUCUGAAUGCAAGGGACACAACGGUUUCAAGGGAGAUAACGCCAAGGGCAAUAAUGGCACGGUGUAUGGUGGUGACAUGGAGAUAGCACUUUCAACCCCAGAGAGGCUGAACGUUCUGCAUGAAACUAGGAACCAUUACACUAGUCAGCUUAGCAUUGUGAGCAGUGGUGAUGUCCCUUGCGUUAUAGCCACAGAGAUAGUGGAAGUUAAAGAUACCAAGAGCAUCUGUCAACUUCGCAACUUUAUAGAUUUAACUCUUUUCAAGAGCUGGCUAUUCCGUAUGAUGGUUGUCUUCACUGGCCUUGGCGUCUUCACCAACUACUUAUCUAUCUACAUGCCCAUCAUCGCCUUCACUUCUGGUAUAAGCAAGUCUGACUCGGCCCUUCUAAUGACCAUCAGCGGACUGAUGGAUUUACUGACCAGAGUCAUCACAGGCUUUCUCGGAGAUUUGAAGUUUGUCUCAAAGACAAAGAUGGUCGCAUUCAGUACGUUUGUGAUCACCAUCUUGUGUCAGUGUACGCGGCUGUUCAACACUUACUCCCUGUUUGUCUUAUUCGCUGUCCUGGUCGGCACCUUCGGGGGGUUCAGGCAAAACUUUUCUCACGCCAUGAUGCUUGAUUAUUUUGGUGCUGAGAAUCUGGCCAAAGCCAACGGUCUGACCAUAACCAUUGCAACUCUUGUGCUCUCAAUAAAUCAUCCAGUUUUAGGUGCCAUGCUGGAUGCUACAGGAUCAUUUAUCAUCCCUCUUCAUUAUGUCGGUGCUAUGACAUUUUUAGCAACUCUUGUUCUAUUGCUGGAGUCCACGGCUAAACGUCUGGAUGAUAAAAACCAUAUUGAUUUUAGUCAAAGACAAUUCCAAAUUUAGACAUUUUGAUGAGUGUUAGUCGACUUGUUUAUGUGUGUAGUUAUUGAAAUAGGCUUCACGUUUUAUGGUGGAAACGCGGAGGAAAAACAAUCCAAUGGCUAAAUACAAUUAAAUUUGAUGUACAAAGA